AUGUCGUCCAUGCGAGGUCUGGUUCAGUUCAUCGCCGACUUGCGAAACGCAAGAGCGCGCGAACUUGAGGAGAAGCGGGUGAACAAGGAGUUGGCCAACAUCCGACAGAAGUUCAAGGGUGGCGGCUUGAACGGUUACCAGAAGAAGAAAUAUGUGUGCAAGUUGCUCUACGUGUACAUCCAAGGGUAUGAUGUCGAUUUCGGACACCUCGAAGCGGUCAAUUUGAUUUCUUCGACCAAAUACUCCGAGAAGCAGAUCGGGUAUCUGGCCGUGACCCUGUUUUUGCAUGAGCAGCAUGAAUUGUUGCACCUGGUUGUCAACAGUAUUAGAAAGGACUUGUUGGACCACAAUGAGUUGAAUAAUUGCCUGGCCUUGCACGCCGUGGCUAAUGUGGGUGGUCGAGAAAUGGGUGAGGCCCUGUGUACGGAUGUCCAUCGCCUUCUGAUCUCCCCCACGUCGAAAGCUUUCGUCAAAAAGAAGGCCGCCCUAACCCUCCUCCGAUUGUACCGCAAAUACCCUGGCAUCGUGCAGAACGAGUGGGCCGAGCGAAUAAUUUCUUUAAUGGACGACCCCGAUAUGGGAGUCACCCUGUCGGUUACCUCACUCGUCAUGGCGCUGGCUCAGGACAAACCGGACGAAUACAAGGGCAGCUACGUCAAGGCCGCGCAGCGUCUAAAGAGAGUUGUGGUCGACAACGAUAUUGCGGCCGAUUACCUUUACUACCGCGUACCGUGUCCUUGGAUCCAGAUCAAACUGCUACGUCUGCUUCAGUAUUACCCUCCAUCCGAGGACAGCCACGUCCGGGAGAUCAUCAGAGAGUCCUUGCAACAGAUUAUGCAUGUCGCCAUGGAUUCCCCCAAGAAUGUCCAGCAGAAUAAUGCCCAGAAUGCAGUGCUAUUCGAAGCCAUUAACCUUCUCAUCCACCUGGAUACCGAACACAGCCUCAUGAUGCAGAUUUCUUCGCGCCUAGGAAAGUACAUCCAAUCGCGGGAAACCAAUGUCCGAUACCUGGGCUUGGAAGCCAUGACACAUUUUGCAGCCAGAGCGGAAACCCUUGACCCCAUCAAGAAGCAUCAGAAUAUCAUCUUAGGGUCUCUUAGAGAUCGAGAUAUCAGUGUCAGGCGCAAAGGAUUGGACCUGCUUUAUAGCAUGUGUGACACCUCGAAUGCCGGCCCCAUUGUAAACGAACUUCUUCGUUACCUGCAAACUGCCGAUUAUGCGAUCCGUGAGGAGAUGGUGCUCAAGGUCGCCAUUCUCACGGAGAAGUAUGCCAGCGAUGCACAAUGGUACAUCGACAUGACUCUGAAACUUUUAUCGCUGGCGGGCGAUCAUGUCAACGAUGAAGUAUGGCAACGAGUCAUCCAAAUCGUUACAAACAACGAAGAGCUUCAGGCCUAUGCGGCGCAUACCCUGCUUGGGUAUUUGAAAACCGAUUGCCACGAAAGCUUGGUGAAGAUCGGGUGUUAUGUCCUGGGAGAAUUUGGCCAUCUUAUUGCCGAAAACGAAGGCUCGAGCCCAAUCGAGCAAUUCUUGGCUUUGCAGGCAAAGAUGAUCACCAGCACCGACAACACAAGAGCUAUGAUUCUCUCGUCCUUUGUGAAAUUUGUCAACCUUUUCCCCGAAAUUAAGCCUCAACUUUUGCAUAUAUUCCGUCUAUACAGCCACUCCCCCGAUUCUGAAUUGCAGCAGCGGGCCUUUGAAUAUCUAUCUCUAGCAACACUCCCCUCGGACGACCUUCUCCGGACUGUUUGCGAUGAGAUGCCUCCCUUUUCAGAGCGGGCUUCGAUCCUCUUAUCUCGUCUUCAUCAGAAGACCGCGGGAACUACCGAAAAGAAGACUUGGGUUGUGGGCGGCAAGGAUGCUAAUGCGGAUCAGAAGGAGGUUCUUAUGGCGCAGAACACUGGGCUCAAGCGUUCGUUUACCACCAUUGUCAACGGCACCAAGACCGGAGCGAGUGGAAUGACGGCGUCGUCGAGCGCAUCGGGUGACCUAGCCGGACUGGAUCUCAGCGCCUCCUCAGCGCCUCCCCCUCCGAACAUGGCCAGCGCAGCGCAUCUUACACCAGACUGGGAUAUUGGAUACAACCGACUGUACUUUACUGACGAGGGUGUGCUGUUUGAAGACGCGCAGAUCCAGGUUGGUCUCCGGUCCGAGUUCCGUGCCCAUAUGGGUGUGGUGAAGAUUUACAUCUCAAACAAGUCAUCGUACCCAAUUGGGUCGUUGACUACGACGCUGGACAACCCAGCAUCUCCCAACCUGAAAGCCGACACCAAGAAUCUUCCCGAUCCCUCCAUUCCGGCGGCCGGCCAAACCCAGCAAACGUUGUUCUUUGAAACACGUGGGCCAUUCACCGAAGCGCCGACUAUCCGUAUCUCGUACCUGGCAGGUGCUCUUCAGGCUUAUACGCUCCAACUUCCUAUUCACAUGCACCGGUACAUGGAGCCGUCAGCCCUAUCCGCAGAAGAAUUCUUCAAGCGAUGGAGGCAAAUCGGUGGACCGCCGCUGGAAGCACAACACACGUUUGGACUCACGGGCAAGGCAAAGACUAUCAACGAAGUAUUUACACGACGAAUUGUGGAGGGUUUCCGGUUGAAGAUCUUGGACGGGGUGGACCCCAACCCGAAGAAUAUCGUGGGUUGUGGUGUGUACCAGUUUGAGAGCGGCAAGACAGGAUGUCUCUUGCGACUGGAGCCCAACUAUGAGAGAAAGAUGUACCGAGUCACCAUUCGAGCCACGCAGGAGGCCGUGCCCCAGGCGUUGGCCAGACAGUUGGAGCAGAAACUAUCUCAAGGAAUCACCGAUAUGUAUAGCCCAUGA